CAGCAGCAGCGAGCAGCGCCUCGGUUUCUUCCGGUGACUGAUUAAAAAAAAAAAAAAAUGUGUUUUAUCUUUAAUUUUGGACACACCUGGAGCACCUGUCCUAGCAUUUUGUUGAACAUGUGCUCUUAUCAAACGGUGUAAUGGUCGUCGAUAAUACUUCACAGACAAGGACAACAACACCUCUGGACAAACACAUGGACUCGCUGGAACAUCCGAUGCUUCAAUCUCAAGGCAAAGGAGCUCGGAGAAAAGGUCGAUUUAAAGGGUCAGAUGGCAGCACCUCGUCCGACACCACCACCAACAGCCUCGUUCGCCAGGGUUCGGCCGACUCCUACACCAGCCGUCCAUCAGACUCCGAUGUGUCCCUCGAGGAGGAUAAGGAGGCAGUGCGCAGAGAGGCAGAGCGACAGGCUCAGGCACAGCUCGACAAGGCCAAGACCAAACCAGUUGCAUUUGCUGUCCGCACAAAUGUCAACUACAGCCCAUGUCACGACGAUGAUGUCCCCGUGCCAGGCAUGGCCAUCUCCUUUGAGGCUAAAGACUUCCUCCAUGUCAAAGAGAAAUUCAACAAUGACUGGUGGAUAGGACGCCUGGUGAAGGAAGGCUGUGAAAUCGGUUUCAUCCCCAGUCCAGUGAAGCUUGAAAACACUCGUAUCCUCCAGGAGCAGAGAGCCAAACAGGGCAAGUUCCACUCCAGUAAAUUGGGAGCAAACUCAUCCUCUAGUUUAGGUGAAGUGGUUCCUAACUCAAGGAAAUCUACUCCUCCUUCGUCUGCCAUUGACAUAGACGCCACAGACUUAGACCCUGAGGACAAUGAGCUUCCAGUCAACCUGCGCUCCCCUAAAGCCAGUCCAAACACUGUCAUGUCACCCCUAGCAAAAGAGAAACGAAUGCCCUUCUUUAAGAAGGCGGAACACAUACCUCCGUACGACGUUGUGCCUUCCAUGCGGCCCGUGGUUCUGGUUGGACCGUCACUGAAGGGCUACGAGGUGACAGACAUGAUGCAAAAAGCACUGUUUGACUUUUUGAAACACAGAUUCGAGGGACGAAUAUCAAUCACUCGCGUCACGGCGGACAUCUCUCUUGCCAAACGCUCAGUCCUGAACAAUCCCAGCAAGCACGCCAUCAUCGAACGCUCCAACACACGCUCAAACUUGGCUGAAGUCCAGAGUGAGAUUGAGCGGAUUUUUGAGCUGGCCCGCACGUUACAGCUGGUAGUUUUGGACGCCGACACCAUCAACCACCCAUCACAGCUCGGGAAGACUUCCCUCGCCCCCAUCAUCGUCUACGUCAAGAUCACCUCUCCCAAGGUGCUGCAGAGGCUCAUCAAGUCCAGAGGCAAGUCUCAGGCCAAACACCUCAAUGUCCAGAUGGUGGCCGCUGACAAGCUGGCUCAGUGCCCUCCUGAGAUGUUCGACAUCAUCCUCGAUGAGAACCAGCUGGAGGAUGCAUGCGAACAUAUGGCUGAUUACCUGGAGGCCUACUGGAAAAGCACUCACCCCACCAGCUCCAGCCCCCCCAACCCACUGCUAACGAAGCUGCCCACAGCCACCCUGCCCUCCAGCCCGGCCCCGGUCUCCGGCUUGCAGGGCAGCAGUGCCGAGCAGAGAGGAGACAAAGCGUUAGUGGAGAGAAAGGGCUCCAGAGAGGAUCACCAUCACCAUCAUCACCAUCACCACCACCAGAGCCAGGACCAGGCUGACGCCGACGCAGAGGCCGAGGGAGAGGGCAACGAGGAGGAGCGGCCUCUGAGGACAGAGUCGACCAGGAGAGCCCAGCACGUCCACCACCGUUCAUCUUCCAACAGGACUGAGCACCACAACCACCAUCACCACCACCAUCACCACACCAGUCGAGCCCGGGGCCUCUCCCGGCAGGAGACUUUGGACUCGGAGACCCCCGAGAGCAGAGAGAGCCGAGAGAGCAAGGACUCGGCUUACAUCGAGCCGCGCGCUCAGCUCCUCCACCAAGAAGAGGAGGAGGAAGAGGAAGAGGAGGAGGAGGAGGAGGAGGAGGAAGAGGAGGACCUGGGGGAGGGGCACCCCCAGCAGCAACAACGUUACGAGCCACUGCCCCACCGGGACCACAAUCACCAUCACCACCACCACCAUCACCGUGGUGGGGCGGAUGAGGGCGGCCAUGGCACGGGACACCACCGCUCAAAGGAGCGCGAGCAGGACCAUAACGAACGCAACAAGCAACGCUCGCACCACCACCGGCCCACACGUGACCACCACCACCACUACUACGACCGGGACAGAGACAGGGACCGAGAGGGGGAGGUGGCUCCCAAAAAGAGGGGCGACGCAGGGGAAUGGGCCAGAGACUCGUACAUCCACCAGUGACAGACCAAAUCCCUCCUGAAGCUCAUCUGGACUCUUCUGUUCUCCCAUCGUGCUGCUAAACCCCGAAAACCACAGCAUCCUAUUUAUGUACACUUCCUUUGUAAAUGCUGUUGCAUCUUUUUCAACGGCAAGAUUUUGAUUACAUAGAUACAAAUAUAAAUAUAUAAAUAUAUGUAUGUGUGUAUCUAUGCAUAGACGUUGUUUAUGUGUGGAUAUGCAUGAAUAUUCUCAAAUAUGCAUAUUUUAAACCUGUGUUUGAUAAAGCAUGACACAAAAGCAGAAUUAUUUUCUGUACUGAGCUGUGCUUUCUGUGAUUAGCAUUUUUAUUUUUGUUAAUUUUUUUUUUGCUUGCUACCACUUGAAUAAUUUGUUCCCUCAGACUACUGCUAGGGUUGACUGCAACGGUUGACUAACAAUAUAAGUUUGAUGCUGUAUUUGCAGGUCUUUUGUUAAAAAGAAGAGUUCAGCAAUUUGAGAAAUAAGAUAAUUCGCUUUCUGCAUUAGAGUUAGUUACACCUAGCUAACACAAAUGCAGCCUAAUACAGCAAUAAAUCCAAAGAUCAGUUCAGUUUUUGCUGGAACUGAAUUUUAUUAUCAUCUUGGAGGCUGCAGAUUGUGAUGCUCUUGGAUUUUAUGUUUGUCUACUGGCAGAUGUUUCUAUUAUUUUGUCCACCCCAUUUAUAUGAGGGUGGUCUAAAUAACAGAAACAGAUCUGUUGUAUCAGACUGCAUUUGUUCUAGCUACCUAGUGAAGUGGCAACUAAGUCCAGAUGAGAAGAUAAACUCUACUUGUUUUCUGUAUUCUGAGGUUAAUAUGAAGCUACAGCCGGUUAAUUUAGCUGGAAACAAGCAAAAGUAAGGUUGUCUGAAGGUUGAAAAAAUCCUCCUAAGCUCACUAAUUAACAUUUUAGAUCUCAUUUGUUUUGUCUUUUCAAAAAAAGCCUGAAAAGAACAUGAUUUGAACUAGGGCUUAAAGGGAUAGUUCAGAUUUUUUGUGAUUUUUUUUUUUUUUUGUGGUUGUGUGAGCUUCCUUUUCCUAGUGAUUGGAUUACAUACGGUAGAUGUCAGUCUGCACACCCCCAAUUUGGAGAAACAGGCUGGAGUCCGACAGAGAAGCUAAGCAAUGUACUACUAUAGAGCAAAACAUGUUUUUAAAAAAAUCCAUAAUUUUACACUAUUUUAAAACUAUAUUGUAAUGCUUUACCCUAUUAAUGUAUAAAAUUACUGUUAUUAGUCAAAAUGUUGGUGAUUACAAAGGGGUUAUAUCUGAAUAUAUUUUCUUUGGUAAAAAGCUUAGUUGUUAAAUUUAACAUUAAUGCUGUUGCAUCUUUUUGCUGUGCAGGAAGGCCGUCUUUUGGCGUAUAUCAUGAAAAAGUUUGAAACUUUAUCAAAUUGAAGUCAUUAAAAUAGACAACUUUUUACAUUUUUAACAAGGUAACUAGAAAUCUGCAACCCAUUAAAUUUCAGAAGUAAACUUCCCAACACUGGAAGUGUCCUCUUGUCAAAGCCGCCAGGCUUCAUUGAGAAAACAGUAGUGUUUGUUCGUUGAAGACAAGAAUCGCUGGUCUACCACUGCCUAAAUCAGUUAGUUUGUGUUGUUGUGUCUGCCACAAAAUAACAGUUCAAGGUAAUUUUUUUUCAGAUAAAGUCUGGCUUUAAAGAUUAAUUGUUGAUAUUGAUAUUAAUUGUUUUAGAUGUCCAAUUUUGCUCCCAUUGCUUAUUUUCUGUCAGCACUCCUGCCUAGUUCUCCAAACUAGUACCGUACUGACUGACAUCUACUGCGUGUAACACACUGACUGUAGAUAAAUAUCUCAUAAAAUCCCACUUCAAAUGAUCUGAACCAUACCUCUAACUUCAGCUAACUUACUGUGAGCUAAAUGCAGCUGACUGUAGGUUCAGAGUGCAAAAUGGUAUUUAUCUUCUCAUCUGCUUCUCUGCAUGAAAGCUAGUAUCAAAUCUCUCAAAUUGGCAGACAACUCCCUUAAUUUCAUGUUCAUCUUUUAUCGCUUAGUUCCUUUUUUAAAAUUCUGCGUCCAUGAUUUUAAACAUUUGGCUCUGACAUAUUUAAGCGUCCCUCGAGGUGCACCUUAGUCUUGCUUUACAAGACGAACGAGUUCUACAAAAACCUCCUCUCUUACAUGCAGUACUGUUCUCUUUGUAUGGGUCCAGAAACAUUUUGUAACAUUGAUACACCCGUUAUUCUGCACUUUUUUCUGAUUCACGUUGGUUUCCAGUGAAAUUUGAUAUGACGUUACAACCUUACUGUUCGGUCUACUUCCAGAACUCCUUCAAAGGUUCACGUUUUUGUUCAGUCUGAGCCCCUUUUUCUAACGAAUGUUUGAUUUCCACUUUAACUCCAGUGUUUAAAGAAUGUUCAUUUUAGGAUUUCUUCUUGAGUAGGUCCCGCACUACAAAAUGACAUGCAUUUGUGACUCAAACAAUUCAAAAAUGUUUACCAGACAAAGAUAGUGUUGUUUACCAUCACUCCCCCGACUGACAGGAUCUAUUUAAGAGUCAGCGAUCAACUUUUCAUGUUAAUUCAUGAUACUGAAAAUCUGAAUUGAGCUGCCCCUCUGUUUACAACCCACCCGUCCCUCCACUCUCUUUGAUUUUGCCUGACAAUUGUAAUUACAAAAAACUCCACCAUUUCUAUGCUACAUUGGUAGCACUACAGAUUUUCUAACAGUGUACAUGUGUAUGUACAUAAUGCAUAAAUAUAAAGAAUAAAGUUGGCAACAAAGGACUGACGAUGAGGGGAGAAGGAUUUGAUGUGUGCUUUGUCAGGAGACCCAGACAGGAGGAGGAGAGCGGUGCCUAAAAAUAGUCUGAAACUCUGCUGAAAAAUUGAGGUAGACUCGUCGGCCUGCCUCCUGAGUCGUCAUGACAACAUCAACAUGAAUGACAAUACUGAGGGAUGCAUCUAAAAUAGCUUCUGCACACACAGACUCUCCCCAAAAAUAGACAAACAAGCAUUCACGGAGAUUUGAUCUCAGAAAAAAAAGGCUUUUUAAUCAGCGGUGUAUAUGCAGUAAAAUGCACAGAUGCAGGGAGGUGACGUGCAGUAGGCUGACAGAUGUGUG